AUGCCCAUCCCUGUUGGGGCCCCAGAUGGGGCUGAAAGGGAAGGCAUAAUGUCACGAAGUGACAAGAUGGGUUGGGUAUUUAACCAGCGACCGGCGGUUUGCAGUAACCGCCGGUUAAUAGGCCUUUUAGCACAGUGGUUUAGACCGCUGUCUCUGAAGGGCACUGUUAUAUCGUCCCAAUGCUGUCCCUUGUCACCCUCUGAAUACUCCUCAGCUCUACGAGCCCGAGACAAGUAUUGGGUCACAGCCCCAUUCCAGUCACCUUGUGUCACGAGACAUACUGACCAGCAUAUGCACAAUAUAACAGUGCCCAACGGAACAGGCUGGAUACUGAAUCGGAACUCUGUGAUGUGGAUAAUACUAGCCAGCAAUGAUCAAAGUAAAGGUAGAGAAGGCGUAACUGAGGCAAACAAGAGACAGGGGUGGGGGUGUCUGGAAGCGAAUCUAGUAGCUUGGUACUGA